CCUCACUCACUCUCUCUCUGCGCCACACAUUCAGACAUUAGAGUCUUCAUCUCUUCCUCUUCAGAGACGCAGAGGGCUUAAGACAGAGAAAUCGCCGAAAUCUCAGACGCACAUAGAUACUCCGAAAAUGGCGACGAAUAUCGGAAUGAUGGAUGGGGCUUACUUCGUAGGCAGAUCUGAGAUCUUGGCCUGGAUCAACUCCACUCUGCAUCUCAAUCUCAACAAAGUCGAAGAGGCGUGUUCCGGUGCUGUUCAAUGCCAGCUCAUGGAUGCGGUUCAUAACGGUAUGGUGCCGAUGCACAAGGUGAACUUUGAUGCCAAGAGCGAGUAUGAGAUGAUUCAGAACUACAAGGUCCUUCAGGACGUCUUUAACAAACUCAAAAUCACCAAGCACAUUGAGGUGAGCAAGCUUGUGAAAGGAAGGCCGCUGGAUAAUUUGGAGUUCAUGCAAUGGAUGAAGCGAUACUGUGAUUCCGUCAAUGGAGGCAGCAUGAACACUUACAAUGCUCUAGAAAGGAGAGAUGCUUGCAAAGGUGGGAAAGAAGCACACAAAAGAGGUGCCCACUCACAAACAUCAGCCAAGGGUGCAGCAGCUUCCCAAAGAUCUCACUCCUCCCACACUGCUCGAAGAAAUGAUGUACCACCUUCUGUGAACUCUACAAGUCAAUCCGGGAAGAUCUCAAGACCUGCUUCUAGUGGAGGCCCUGCUCCCCCUGUAUAUGACGAACAGAUCACGGAGUUGAAACUUUCAGUGGAUAGCCUUGAAAAGGAGAGGGAUUUCUACUUUGCAAAGCUCCGGGAUAUUGAGAUACUUUGCCAGAAUCCUGAGAUUGAGCACUUAAAUGUUGUUGCUGCUAUACAGAAGAUUCUUUAUGCUACCGAAGAUGAUGCAUCGGUGGUAGCAGAUGCUCAAGCCAUGUUAUCUCGCCCCUCAAAGGAAGCAGACCUGUUGAGUCCGAUUGCAGAGGUUUCCGAGGAGAAGGUUAGCUCAGAGACUCAAAAGAGGAAAACUUAUCUCAAUCUUGAUGUUGAUGCUGCUGCCAUCACAACAUUAUCUCCCAAGCAAAGGAUUUCUGAUGCUUCUGAUGUCCAUUGUAGUGGGUCACCCCUUAUGACUUACUGAUGCAUUCUCUCAGUUCCGUCUUUCUGAAAACAGUCUUCCAUUGAACUUCUUACCGAUAUAUUUCUUAUCCUAUUUUUUUUUUUAUAUAUAUGUCAAAAUGUAGUUCAACAAGUAAUGGUAGGGACAUGGGAUAUUAUUCAUGCCUUGUUCGAUUGAGAGAAGUCUCGUGCUUUUUGUGUUGUAAGCUAGAAGGUAUAUGAAUGAAAUAUUUUCAUUUCAGCUGC